AUGAAACUCCAACUAUUCUUCUGUUUUUUAGCGGUUAGUCUUUGGAACAGACAUGGAAGAGCGGAAGAUUGUGGAUUGUAUCAAGGUGACUUCAAAAAGUCCAGUGUGUAAGUUGCGUUUGAUACCCUUUGUAUGUCCAGAAGAAAAAAUAAUGCAAAUCCUACAAAAAAUUCAAUUUUCAGGCUGAAACGGCUUGAUUACUGUAUGAAAAAUCGAUUGUAAGUUUGAAUCGGCCACUUUGAGUAGAGUCAGUUACAGUGGGGGAGAUCCAGUGACAAAAAACGUACCAUUUGGUAUCCGGGUAGCAUCAAAAAUGUGGCAAAAUGCUUCCCUCUCCAAGCGAAAAAACUUCGUUUUGAAAGGCGCGCCCUUUCCCUCACAAAAAAGAGAUUUUUGAUGCUUCCCGGAUGCAAAAUGGUACGUUUUUGCCACUGGAUCAGGUCCCCCACUGUAUGACGAAUUUUUCAUUUAGCGAAUCGCCCUGCCGACCGUUAACCCAGCCCGAAAUUCUGCUGGAAAAAGCGUUCAAAAGGCUUUGGAAUUUAAGUAAGUUUCAAACUCUUCGAUGAAAUUACCAUGUUAUCCCUAAAAUAAUAGCCAAAAAUUAAGCUUCGACUGACAUUGGAAGUGCCGAGGGCUGCUCCAAAAUCAUAAAACAACAGCUUCCGCAAGCCUACGAUCAGAUCCUUCGCAAAUACGAUAAGUUGAACGAGAAGGCCUUCUGGAAUGAAUGUCUUGAUGUGACGGACAUCUGUCGGUAAGUUACGACUUUCUAUAGUGAAAUGUUUCAGUGACAACAUGAAAUUCGUCUACUCCGGGACUUGUUUCUUGAUGACUCACUGUUCGAAAAAGUUGGCUUCCAUCGCUUAUGUCAUGCUUUAUUCGUAUCAACAAAUCUCUGUGCAGACUGAAAUGCCGUUACGGUAAGAUGGGGUGGCUUUUUGUAGCUAUUCGAUUUAGCUCUAAGCUGGCUUGGGAGAUAGUUUUAGGCAUUAGACAUAAAAAUAUUUAAAAAAUUUUUAAAAAAUAUUAAAAAAUUUAAGAUUUUUGGGGUAAUAUAAACUUUUUUAAUUCUGCCACUUUGAUUUCAUUUAUAACAUAAUUGAUGUGAAAAACGGCCUUUAUUUUAGCUGCGAUGGCACCUCAAAGUUUGAUCCUCUCCCCGAAAUUUAUUUCAUGGACAGCAAUGUUGACAUGAACAUUCUGGAUAACAGGUUCUGUGAGGGUCUUCCGAUUCCACCAUUGCGAGAGCAGAGGUUAUUCCGACAGUUCAAGAAGAAGGAAUAA